GUUAACUCAAAAUAGUAAAUGAAAAAAAUGGAAAAGUUAGCUGAGUUUCAGAUCAACAAAACAGUGGGUGAAGAAGUUUCCAACAAAAAAAUUGGUUUUCAUUCUGAGAUGUUUGAAGAAACAUCAUAUUAUUUUAAAAAUGGAUUGCGAUGGGUUUAUCCAUAUAAGUUCAACUUUGUUGCUCAUGUAAAAGGACGCUGGUUAAAUUCAAGUGUGUUAGAUGUUUUUAGAAGAGAGUUUAACAUGGAGACGGAAGAUUAUUAUAUAAAAGCUAUUUCUACUGGAAAGAUAAAAGUAAACAACAAUAUUGUUUCGCAUGAUCAUAAGCUAACAGCUAAAGAUGUUUUAAAAACUCAGAUUCAUAGACAUGAACCUCCAGUUAUUCAUGAAGAAAUUGAGUUCAUACAAAAUAAUGAAGAAGUAGUUGUUAUAAACAAGCCAGCUUCAAUACCUGUUCACCCAUGUGGAAGAUUUCGCCAUAACACUAUUGUAUUUAUUCUUGGAAAAGAUUAUGGAUUAUAUAAUUUGCAUACCAUCCAUCGAAUUGAUAGACUUACCUCAGGAGUUCUUAUGUUUGCAAAGACUUCCAAAAAGGCACGUGAACUAGAAGGGUUAGUUCGUGGAAGAUUGGUCAUCAAAGAAUAUCUUGCACGAGUUAUUGGCGAUUUUCCCAGUGAGGAAAUAGUUGUUGACGAACCUAUUAAAACGGUUUCUCACAAAAUAGGUUUCUGUACUGUUAGCAAUGAUGGGAAAUCAAGUUCUACUAUUUUUAAAAAGCUAAGCUAUAAUGGAGAAAGUAGUGUAGUCAGAUGUGUGCCAAAAACUGGGCGCAUGCAUCAAAUUCGUGUUCACCUUCAAUACCUUGGUUAUCCUAUUAUCAAUGAUCCUAUUUACAAUCAUCCCACAGCAUGGGGUGAAGGUAAAGGAAAAAAAGGAACUCUAAUUGAUACAAAAAAGGUUAUGGAUGAGCUUAUUCGCACACGAGCUGAUUUUGCUGAAUGUCAAGAUGAAUUAACAGAACUACAACUAAAAGUAACUAAAAGAUUGUCUGAUGAUGAUAUCAGUAGUUGCUGUUCAAAUAAAAAACAGAAAAAAGAAAGCAUUCAUAUAACAGCUGAUCAUCUUUUACCUUUACAAACAAAUAUGGCAGAAUUAAAUACAAUAUGUCCCGAAACUAAUGUUAUAAAAGAAACAACUAUAAUUUCUAAAAAUGAUGACCAUGUUUUAAAAGAAGACAAUGAAACGUUAUGUAAAAAGAAUCUGGAUAAUCUGUCAAAAAUGUACACAUCUUCAGACCUUGGUAUGGAAUACUUUGAUGCAGAGUGUACUGAUUGCAAGCGAAAGUGGAAAGAGCCAUCCAAAGAUGAGCUCUCUAUUUUUUUGCAUGCUGUUACAUAUAAGGGUCCUGGCUGGGAAUAUACAACCAAAAUGCCGCUAUGGGCCUCUUCUGAUUGGAAGUUUUGAAGUUAGGAAUAUGGCUAUCUCGUGGAACAAAUUUUAUUCAGCACUAUUGGAAACAAAUUUUUGAAACGAAAAAUGUAAAAUUUGUAAUUUGUAAUAAGUAAUAACUGAAGAAUUUUUAAAAUUUAUGAGUAAAUACUUAAAAAAAAGUGCUUUUUAUUAAUUUUUUUAUAUAGAAGAUGAAUGAAAUAUUAAUAGCAAUGUUUGUUCUUUUGCUGAUUGAAUAAACACUUUGCAAAUAUUUUAAGCUCAUGUUGUUAAGAAUCUUAUUUCUAAAUAAGAUAUCAUCCGAGCAGCACACUACGUUGGACCAACAUCAACAAAAUGUUCAACUUUGAUUCAAGGUGUUUUACUGCUUGGGAAAAAAAAUAAAUAAAAAGUAAAUAAUUUUUUUAAUAUAAAUUUUUAAAUUU